AUGCCCACCACGAUCCCCCUAGGCACCAUAAAGCCCAUCUACGCCGACGACCGUCGCGGUCAACCACCCCAACUCAAGCGCGACAUCUACCUCGACAUCGGCGAUGUAGACGACUCCGCCUCCGAAACAGCCUUCUCAACCACCACAGAUUCCCAAGCGAGCACCGCCCCGACCACCAACAGCGCCAGCAGCGGCGGCGGCCGUCGCCGGAGACGGAGAAAGAGGAAGGCCGCCUCCACCGGCGGUGAGAACGGCGGCAAACCGGGGAACGGAGCCCAGCUUGCCAAGUCCCUCGCCACACCGGCGCCCGUGCCGAACCUGGGGAAUGCGAAGUCGAGAUCGGCGAGGCUGCAUAUUGGGUUGAAUCUUGAUGUUGAGCUGGAGCUUAAGGCGAAGUUGCAGGGGGAUGUGUGCCUAACGUUGCUAGCCGAAAGCAAGCAGUCUCCACGUCCCUCGCCCCCGUUCAACCCCGACGCCGACGGCAACGUUGAGCACGAGCUGUUCCACGCCCACAUCGGCACGAUUCAACUCCGGCAGCACUGGCUCCAGCGCGAGAUAUCCCCUUCUCUUACUGCAGCUGUCAUGGUUCUGCUGGUCACCGGGGGUUUCUUCUUGGGGGUACUGGCGCCGCAUUUGGUGGCUUUGAUACCUGAGUUUACGGUGCCGAGGUUUGGGCUGUCCUGGACGGUUCCAUGGUCUGAUUGGGUCUGA